CGGACUUACAAAAGUCUCGUUGAACCAGUCGCAACUUCUCGGCCUUUCCCGCAGAGGGCCCGGAAAGGUACGGAAAUUUUUAAUUGCUCGUUGAACGAGACUAAGCCAACUUUCGUUUUCUUUAAUCAGAAAAAUGGCGAUGUCAAAUCAUUACGAUUCUUGUGAGGAUUUUACAGUGUGUCCAGUUUGUUUUGAAAAGUUGCAGAUUCCAAGGUUUUUGCCAUGUACACACACAUUUUGUCAUCGUUGUUUAUCCGCCCACAUCGAGUCGUCGUGUAAGGACUGUGACCCAGCCCUAGGAUUUCCCUGCCCUGUGUGUCGGGCGUUUGUUCCAGCACCAGGGGUUUUGCAUCAAUAUCCUAUUAAAGAUUGGGCGAGCAGGUUCCCAGAGAAUUUGUUUUUAAGUAACUGUAUACGACAGCAUACUUCAUUGACUAACCUUUGGUGUGGACCAUGCAAAAUAGAUUGUGAAAUUGACAUUAAAGCAGGAAGCUGGUGUGUGGAGUGCGAAGAUUCUCUGUGUGAGAAAUGUAGUCAAAACCAUAGAAAAUACAAAGCAUUGCAAUCCCAUCAGAUAUUUCCUUUAACGAAUUAUGGAUUGGAUUAUACCAGGUCUUUGAAACUGAUAGAGACAGAUAUUUUGAAAUGGUGUGACAAACACGAGAACAGAAAUAUCGAGUUUGUGUGUGGAACUCACCAGACAGGAUUCUGUUCUCUCUGUGUUGUAAAUGAACAUAAGCAUUGUGAAAACAUUUCUACACUUUCAAAGGCAGUUGACACAUUUUCAGAUGAAACGAAAGUAAAACUUGUUCAAGAGAUAAAAUACCUUAUAUCAAAGAUUGAGACUAUUGUCCAAAAGGAAAAACAAAACAUUUCUGAUUUAGAUGACAAAAAGGACAUAUACACUGAGAAAAUCACGAGAAUGAUUGAAGAAAUGGUUAAUCGAUUAAAAACUCAAGAAAAAACAUACUUUGAUGAAUUGGCAGAGGUUUCUAAGCAUGCUAGACAGAAACUUGAGGAAUCACUAAGAUUAUUAGAACACAGAAAGCUGUACCUUGCACACUGGUUAGAAACAAUAGUAUCAACAGAUUCACCUAAUAAAGAAACGGAACAUAUCCUAAACUGUUUAAAAACUAAUAAAGUACUAAUAGCAGUUAGAGCCUUGCCUUUAAUUCAAAUGAACUUUGACCUGAGUGCUGAAGUGAGCAAUGGAAUUAAAAUGAUAGAUUCCCUUGGAUCAUUAUUUAGUACCAAAGUAACUGAAAAAAAUGUCAAUUUCAGUUUUAUUAAAAAAGAAAUAAUAGAAUGUACUUUAGAAACACCCAACUCAUCUAUCAGCAAUGCCAAAAAAUCCAGUGAGUGGUUCUCGUGCUCCGGUAAAAAAUCCAGCGAGAGGGAAUCAUGCUCUGUAAGAGAGGAAGAUUCCCGUGAGUGGGACUCAGGUUCAAAAGAUGUGUGUGACGCACGUUCCAAAAAAGCGGAAAAAUCAGGUGGUAGGGAUAUAUGCUCUGAAGACGUAGAGAAAUACCGUAAGAAGGACAUAUGCUCUGGAAAAACAGAAAAAUACAGCGAGGGGGACUCGUGCAUCAAAACAGUGAAAAUAUCCAGUAAGUGUACCUCAGGUUCCGAUGAAGGUAAAAAAAUAUACCGUGAGUGGAAUUCAAGUUGCGAAGCGACAAACAAAUCCUAUAUAAACUUUGUAAGAACGGAAGAUUUCCGUGUGCAGGACUCAGGGUUCAAAGAAGCAGGAAAUUCCCAUGAAAGGGACUCAUACUCCAAAGAAAAUGAAAAAUUCUGUGAUUGGAAUUGCUCUAAAUACGCAGAAAACUCCCAUGGGACAGACAUAUGCUCUGAAAAAGCAGAUAUAAAAGCGGAAAUAGCCCGUGAGUGGAACUCAAGCUCCAAAAAAGGGGGACAAUCUUGUAAGUGGGACUCAGGUUUUGAAGAAGGGAAAAUAUCAAGUGAGCGGAACUCAGAAUCUAAAAAGAGUAAAAAACUAUACCGUGAGUGGAAUUCAAGUUGCGAAGCGACAAACACCUCCUGUGUGCGGGACUCAAGUUCCCAAAAAGCGAGAGAACCCCGCGAGUGGGGCACAGGUUCCGUAAAUGUGGAAACAUCCCAUCAGUGGGACUCACGUUCCAAAAAAGCGGGGAAAUCUAAUGAGAGGGACUCGUUAGCUCAUAACGUUGAAAAAUCCGAUUAUUGGGUCCUACGCUCCGAAAAAAGGGAACAAUCGUGUAAAUGGGACUCACGCCCCCAAAAAGCGGAAGAAUCUCGUGAGUGGGACAUAUGCUCGAAAACUGCAGAUAUAUCCUGUGAAUCGGACUCAUCUUUGACCCAAAACACUAUGAAAUCUCGUAAGUGGGACAUUUGUUCCGCAAAAGAGGAAAAAUUGAACGAAUUGGAGUCUUGCUUCCAAACAACAACAAGAACCUGUGAGUGGGACCAAAGUUCUAAAAAAAGUGGAAAUUCCACGAAUGGGGCUCAGACUAUAAAAAGCUGGAAAAUGCCAUGAGUUGGACUUGUGGUGGAAAUAGCUGGAAAAUCUCAUGAGUGGGACCUGUGCUCCGAAAAAAAGUAGAAAAAUUGCACCGGACUCAAUUACCAAAUAAGUUUUUUUUUUGUUCACCUUCCACCUUGGGCUUAAAUUUGUGGUAGACACAAUGAAAAAUCAUGUUUUAAACAACCAUUUUCUAUUAAAUGUGAAGGAUAAAAGUAACAAAUUUCGGAGUUUUGUCCAUUUUUGACAAAUGAAAUAACUCUAGAUUGCCUACAGUCUCUCCAAAACGGCGUCAAACAAGCUUUUGAAUUCCUUUUUAAAAUGAUGUCAAAUUGAAUGUAGGUACCGGGAUUAGUGAGUGGUUCUCGUGCUCCGGUAAAAAAUCCAGCGAGAGGGAAUCAUGCUCUGUAAGAGAGGAAGAUUCCCGUGAGUGGGACUCAGGUUCAAAAGAUGUGUGUGACGCACGUUCCAAAAAAGCGGAAAAAUCAGGUGAUAGGGAUAUAUGCUCUGAAGACGUAGAGAAAUACCGUAAGAAGGACAUAUGCUCUGGAAAAACAGAAAAAUACAGCGAGGGGGACUCGUGCAUCAAAACAGUGAAAAUAUCCAGUAAGUGUACCUCAGGUUCCGAUGAAGGUAAAAAAAUAUACCGUGAGUGGAAUUCAAGUUGCGAAGCGACAAACAAAUCCUAUAUAAACUUUGUAAGAACGGAAGAUUUCCGUGUGCAGGACUCAGGGUUCAAAGAAGCAGGAAAUUCCCAUGAAAGGGACUCAUACUCCAAAGAAAAUGAAAAAUUCUGUGAUUGGAAUUGCUCUAAAUACGCAGAAAACUCCCAUGGGACAGACAUAUGCUCUGAAAAAGCAGAUAUAAAAGCGGAAAUAGCCCGUGAGUGGAACUCAAGCUCCAAAAAAGGGGGACAAUCUUGUUAGUGGGACUCAGGUUUUGAAGAAGGGAAAAUAUCAAGUGAGCGGAACUCAGAAUCUAAAAAGAGUAAAAAACUAUACCGUGAGUGGAAUUCAAGUUGCGAAGCGACAAACACCUCCUGUGUGCGGGACUCAAGUUCCCAAAAAGCGAGAGAACCCCGCGAGUGGGGCACAGGUUCCGUAAAUGUGGAAACAUCCCAUCAGUGGGACUCACGUUCCAAAAAAGCGGGGAAAUCUAAUGAGAGGGACUCGUUAGCUCAUAACAUUGAAAAAUCCGAUUAUUGGGUCCUACGCUCCGAAAAAAGGGAACAAUCGUGUAAAUGGGACUCACGCCCCCAAAAAGCGGAAGAAUCUCGUGAGUGGGACAUAUGCUCGAAAACUGCAGAUAUAUCCUGUGAAUCGGACUCAUCUUUGACCCAAAACACUAUGAAAUCUCGUAAGUGGGACAUUUGUUCCGCAAAAGAGGAAAAAUUGAACGAAUUGGAGUCUUGCUUCCAAACAACAACAAGAACCUGUGAGUGGGACCAAAGUUCUAAAAAAAAGUGGAAAUUCCACGAAUGGGGCUCAGACUAUAAAAAGCUGGAAAAUGCCAUGAGUUGGACUUGUGGUGGAAAUAGCUGGAAAAUCUCAUGAGUGGGACCUGUGCUCCGAAAAAAAGUAGAAAAAUUGCACCGGACUCAAUUACCAAAUAAGUUUUUUUUUUGUUCACCUUCCACCUUGGGCUUAAAUUUGUGGUAGACACGAUGAAAAAUCAUGUUUUAAACAACCAUUUUCUAUUAAAUGUGAAGGAUAAAAGUAACAAAUUUCGGAGUUUUGUCCAUUUUUGACAAAUGAAAUAACUCUAGAUUGCCUACAGUCUCUCCAAAACGGCGUUAAACAAGCUUUUGAAUUCCUUUUUAAAAUGAUGUCAAAUUGAAUGUAGGUACCGGGAUUACUUUUCCCGUGAUUAAAUGUACAUGUAGAAUGUCAAACUAUUGUUUUAUUUUCUAAUUAAUUCCUUUAGUGUCGUAAAAUAGGAAAAGAUUCAUCAAAUCAAUUAUGACGUCAUAAUGGUUCUAGCACCAAAAAUACACUCUGGAAUCAUUUACUAGAUCUUUACCGUAAUAUUGAUUGUUAUUGGCUAUA